GAAUCCACUCCAGCAUUUAGAAGCUGAACUAACCCGUGCAGAAACUAUAGAAGGGAAAACGAGGUUGAAGAAAAUCAGUUGCGAUUUUAAAGGAUCAUAUACCAUUUCGUAGGACAAAUCAAGAACAGAUCCAAAAUAGAGAAAUCAGAAGACAGAAAGAAGAAUACAAUGGUGUCAGCAGAGGAAACGAAGGUAAAUUCAUCAUCUGUAAAAGACGGAGGAGUAAAUGAAGGUGUUGAUCAUGAGGAAGGAGAUGCUUCAUCCUCGAUUGCUGAACAAAAACGGAAACCUUCUCAAGGGCCUCAUUCAUUAGAGAAUUCAUGGACCUUCUGGUUCGACAAUCCUUCGGCUAAAUCCAAACAAGCCACUUGGGGAAGCUCCAUUCGUCCCAUCCAUACCUUCUCCACAGUCGAAGAUUUCUGGGGCCUCUACAAUAACAUACAUCAUCCGAGUAAGCUGGGCGUUGGAGCAGAUUUCCACUGUUUCAAGUUCAAAAUUGAGCCAAAAUGGGAGGACCCUGUUUGUGCAAAUGGGGGGAAGUGGACCAUAAGUUCACCUAGAGGGAAGGCUGAUACAAUGUGGUUGUAUACGCUGUUGGCAAUGAUUGGAGAGCAAUUCAACCAUGGCGACGACAUAUGUGGAGCUGUUGUUAAUGUUCGGGGUAAACAGGAAAAAAUAGCUCUAUGGACCAAAAAUGCUUCAAAUGAAGCCACUCAGCUAAGCAUUGGGAGACAAUGGAAGGAGUUUCUUGAUUACAAUGAUAACAUAGGUUUCAUAUUUCAUGAAGAUGCCAAGAAACAUGACAGAUACGCAAAGAACCGCUACACAGUCUGAUCUUAUCAUUGUCGUGAUUUGGUAACAACCUCAAUAAAAGCAAGAGGUAUCACCAGAAUAACUGCUGUUGUUGGAUUCAUCUGAUUUGAAUCUCCCUAAUGGGAGAAUAAUAUCUCUUUCGGACAGAGCUAAAGGUUAUGCAUGAUGUGAUCCGAGGGAGUUGUUUCAUUUUUGUUUAUAGAGUAUGAGAAUGUGCAGGAACUAUGUCCAACUUUUAAAUGAUUGCUCUUCCUACACAGCUAGUAAGAUUGUUACAAAGAGAACACUGUUAAACAAACUUAUAGAAAUUCGGAGUACAUUUUUGAACACCAACAUAGAUAUAAAAAAUAUAUGCAAUUUUUUAUUUUAUUUUUGA